AUGGAUGACGACAAUAACGAAAUCCCUAAGGACACGUCAACGGACAGUGUCAAAAAGGAUCUAAAAUUUAGCAUCAGGAAUAUUCUGGGAGAUACAGCUUCUUCUACUUCCGGAACUAAAGAUAAGGGCAUAGACUGUAGUGAGGAAAAAAAUGUGGGAGAUGAUCGCGUGGCUUCACCACAGAGAACAUUUGUUCCUUUUAUUCCCUUAAAUUAUGUGCCAUUUGUGAACAAUUCAGAAUCUUCGGCUGUUAUACGUGUUCCUACACACAGACCCCAUCCGAUUUUACCGAUAUGGGGAAAUUAUGGUGUACCCUGGCUUGAUGUUCGACGGGAUAGAUUCGGUGUUGUUAGAAGAGUUGGUCAUCCUUAUCAAAACAGAACACCACCGAAAAGGAAGAAACCACGAACUUCAUUUUCCAGGCUACAAAUUAUGGAACUUGAGAAAAGAUUCCACCGCCAAAAAUAUUUGGCAUCGGCAGAACGUUCCAGUCUAGCCAAAACAUUGAAAAUGACAGAUGCUCAAGUAAAAACUUGGUUUCAAAACAGACGAACCAAAUGGAGGCGUCAAACUGCAGAAGAGCGUGAAGCAGAAAGACAAGCAGCUAAUAGAUUAAUGAUAAGUCUUCAGUCUGAAUCUUCCAAUACUAUCUAUGAUAUCAGAGACCCAUUGUGUAUGAAUAACACCUCAUUACAUGCUUUACGAAAUCUUCAGCCUUGGGUUGAGGAUGCUAGUCGUACCUCAACCUAA